AACUAAAAUACUUACUUGUACUCUCUCUCUCUCUCUCUCUCUCUCUCUCUCAACUUACAAGUAACUCCACUCUUGCCACCUUCACCAUUACAAAGAUGAGUCCCCCCCAAUCCUAUCGGUGCUGGUCAAUCAGCGAGGAAUCGUUGAGGCGCUACGUGUACUUUGCAAGCGAGACCUGUGUUCAAGAAUUGCUCUCUGCGGCUUCAGAUUUGAAAAUGGAUGAUGGGUGGAAGGUGGUGUCUUUGAAUGGAGGGGUCGAGAUUUCAACAAAGCGUCAUUCGGGUUCUCUCUCUGUUUUUCGCAGCCGUUGGUUGCUCACAUCUAUCUCCCCUGAGCAAUUCAUGACUGUUGCCAAUGCCAUCGAUGCCGCAAAGCAAUGGGACUCACAUCUGGUGGAAGCCAAGUACAUAAAGGAUUUGAAUGAGAACCUCAGUAUCAUAAGGCUCAGGUUUGGGGAUGCCUCAAAAAGGCUUUUUAAGAAUCGAGAAUUCAUCGUUUAUGAGAGGCGCGAAACCAUGGACGAUGGAACUCUGGUGGUCGCGGUCGCUUCCUUACCAAAGGAAAUCGCAGCUGGAUUGCAACCGGAGAGGAACAACUCCAUUAGAGGGCUGUUGCUUCAGUCAGGGUGGGUGGUCGAGAAGCUACAGGAUGACUCUUGCAGGGUCACCUACGUUGUCCAGUUGGACCCUGCAGGAUGGCUACCCAAAUUCUUUGUGAAUAAUAAGCUGAGCACCAGGUUGGUCAUAAUCAUUGACAACCUUAGGAAGCUGGCUCAAGCUUCUUCUUGUCAUUCCUCAUCAUAAAUAGUUCUGAGCUCUUUCACCAUGUUCCCUACCCCCUAAUAUAUAUAUAUAUAUAUAUAUAUUGCAAAAUGAUGAUCUUUGCUGUUGCAAAGGUUUGCAUCCACCCUUUUUUGUGCAUUUUAUUCAUUUAUUGUUGGAUAAGCUACUGUUGAGCUUAAAGCAAAAAGCAAUAUGUUGGCUAUUCAUUUUAACUCCAAA